AAAAAACAGUAUAAUUUCAAAAUGGCCACCUUGCGUGCAAGUCAACUUACUUCAAAAAAGCCCAAGAGCCAGAAACCAAUUACAGUGAUUACACGAGACAAUAUCAGAAAACUACUUCCUCAUUCUGAUAAUGGAUUAGUGUUGAAUCAAGAAAAUCGACGUGCAGUUAUACUAACUGCUACAGAGCUUGAGCGUAUUCAGGGAGCUGCAAAGUAUCUUGACAAAGCAGAUAUGGACCAACACAGUAAAGAUGUCAAAGAAUAUCGUGCAACUGCAGCCGAAGUGGCACGACUGCGCAAGCAAAAAAUGGAGCAUUAUGACCACCAACGCACGUCAAAUGCUAAACUUAGCGAUCUUGACCGCGAAGCCAAGGAUCGUUCCAAUUAUCUUUUAGCUAAAGCCCAAAUGCAAAUCGAAGAGCAAGAGGAUGAUAUCAAACACAUGAAUGAACUCAUGCUUUAUGCAAAAUGCGUGUCAAUCCGUGAUACUCAAGUAGAAGAAAAGAAAUGGAUUCAGAAUGAACGUAAAAUAGAAGAUGCGCGUUUGGAUGCAAUGAUGGAGCUAGAGCGUACAACCGAGUUGAAAAAACUUGAAGAAAGAGAAACCCGUCGUGUUGAAGAAUUGCGUAAAGGAGCAGCAAAAAUUCGUGAGCAGAUUGAAGAACGUCGUGAAGCUGCUCUUUUAGAGCAAGAGCGGCGCGAUCAAGAAACUAAACUGAUUUUGAAAGCCAUUGCGGAGACUGCUGAACAGGAAAAGCAAGAAAAAUUGAGUAAAAUUAAAAAUCAACGAAUCUUGAUGAUGGAUGUAGUCAAAACCAACCAAGAGUCUAUGGAGUACAAACGAAAAGAAAAGCUUCAAGAAGAGGAAGAAGAUCGUAAAGUACUUCAAUAUAUAGUCGAAAAAGAAGCCCGAGAUACAGAAAACGAUCGGAUUCAGGCACAAAAAAAGGCAGAGCGAGAAAUAGAGCUUGCAAGAUUGCGUGCUGCUCAAGAAAAGAUAUCUGACAAGCAAGCUCAACAGGAUGCAUUAAGAGCGCAACGAGCAUUUGAGUCCUAUGAGCGUGAAUGGCGUCGUAAGGAACAAGAAACAGCUACAAAACAUGCUCAGCAAGAACACGAUCUACGUCGUGAAAGAUAUAACCAGCAACGUUCUCGUGAGCAUGCAAUCCAGGUAGAGGCACAAAAAAUGAAACAAGAGUUUUAUGAGGGGCUGCAAAGACAGAAGGAGAUCGAGGCAAAGUUGGCCAAAGAAGACGAAAUAAAGGCUGUAAAAAAUAGGAUGUAUGCCAUGGAUGUCAAAGCUCAGAUUCAAGAAAAAGAACAGAAUAGACGCAAGACUCGCGAAGAUUUCUUUUUGGAAGGUAUCCAAUUGGCACACGAGCGCACCGAAAGAAAAAACAAGAUCAACCAAAUCAAAGCCAGGAAAAUUCAGGAGCUUCGAGCUAUUGGUGUACCUGAAAAAUACUGCAACGAGAUUGAGCGCCAAGUGCACAGCACCAACAAGCAUGCGUUCAGUAUGGGAGCAAAGUAAUUGCAAACAUUUGAGAAAUGUUAAUACAAGUCAAAUUUCUUAAUUGGAAUGCCGUCUUGCAUCAAAAGAUAUUUUUCAAUCAUGACAAAGAUUGUUCAAAAAUAAAGCCAGUGGGAAUAUAAAUAUACAGGCUUCAUUUUCGCUUCCAACAGAAUGAUAGAGAUUAAUAAUACAUAGUUAAAAUAACACUUCUAAUCCUCCCCUCCAUACACAAUUUUUGCAGACCAUAGCCAUGUACAACACAGUUUCAAUAAGAUCGACUCAAGUCCAUAUCGUCAUCAUCAUACUCCAUAUCAUCGUCGUCAUCAUCCAUAUCUCCCGAAGUGACAGAGGAGUCACAAGCAGCUUCGUCAGCAUGCAUAUUUUCAACAUUCUCGAGUCCAAACUGUUUGUAAGCACUCCUAUUAGAUUGAGACGGGGUUUCGGGAAAAAAAGGUAGCUCUGAUAUGCUUUCGCCUGUCGAUAAAUUCAAAGCAGAUACGCCUGAUGGCUGGAUUUCGUAUCCGCUUACACGAGAAGCCUGGGUUUCGCCAGAAGCUGUAUAAGUGCCAGAGACGGGUUGAAAAUGAGUACCGGACACCAGAGUGUCAGUCAAAAUCGAGGCUGAUUUGGCUAUAGGAGCGACUCGUCGCAUCAUCUCGGUCUUGCGAAACAUCAGCCAUCGCGUACGACAUUGUCUCUGUGUACGGCCAGGAAUAGAUUCGGCAAUUCGUACCCAUACCUUGCCAUGCUCAAUCACACCUUGUCGCA